AGCAAAUUACAAAUAAAACAUAAGUGCAGCAAACAUGAAGCGCCGCAAUGCGGAUUGUGGCAAAUUGCGUCGGCCAAUGAAACGGAACAAAAUCACAGAGGGCAUGUAUGGCAGCACAACUGUUUUAUACAUGAAAUUUUUAAUACUUUGGGCAAUUGUGAUGGUAGCCGACUUUAUGUUUAUGUUCCGAUUUGAAUUCUUGUGGCCAUUCUGGCUACUGCUUCGCUCCGUACAUGAUUCCUUCAAGUACAAGGGACUGGCAUUUUCCGUGCUAUUUGUGUGUAUUGCAAUAACAUCGGAUCUGGUGUGUUUGUUCUUCAUACCCGUGCAUUGGCUGCUCUUUGCGGCCAGCACAUAUGUCUGGGUGCAGUACGUUUGGCAUACAGAUAAGGGCAUCUGUUUGCCGACUAUCAUACUCUGGAUGUUGUUUGUCUACCUGGAGGUGGGCAUUCGAUGGAAAGACAGUCGCCAUAUGCCGCAUUUGGAUCUGUGUCGACCCUUCGCCGCACACUGCAUUGGUUAUCCGGUAGUUACGCUUGGGUUUGGCUUCAAAAGCUACGUGGGCUAUCGUAUGCGGCAGCGUAAACAGCGUGAGGUGGCCAAGGAGAAUGAGUUUUAUAUGCAGCUGCUGCAGCAGGCGUUGCCCGCCGAGGAGGCCACCGAGGAGGCACAAUCGUCGGCAGCGCCUGUGGUAACAUCCGCAUCCAACAGCAGCACAGUUGUAGUGCCAAAUGGCACAAGUGGAGCGCCAGGAGCGCUGACCGCAUCGUCCACAUCGUCACAGGCGAAUGGCAUUUUGGCAACUGCAACGCAAGCACAAAACCAUCACGAGCAUCAUCACAGCAGCGGCGGCGCCGGCGCCGGCAACACUAGCAACAAUAGUAAUCAUCAUCAUCAUCACCAUCACAAUAACAACAACAAUAAUAACAACAACAGCAACAACAGUCAUCACAGCAAGGAUAACAAUGCUGGUAAUGACAACAGCAACACAACGACUCCAGUGGCAUCAACAGGGGCAGCCAAUACGGCAGCUUCCUCAUCGCCACCCGCAUCCUCGUCGUUGUCCACCAACACAUCUGCCUCUGCGGCAGCCAAGCAAUCGAAUGCAGCCAAUGCGGCGACAGCAGCAGCCACGACAACAGCAACCUCAAAUGGUCACGUUGGCGGUGGCUCAAGGAAUCAUCGUCGUAGCAUGGACAAGGACAAACAUCGCAACAAAAGCGACACAGCCGACAAUGAGCACAACAAUGGGACGCGGCACGGUGGGAAAAACAACAGCAACAAUAGCAACAGCAACAGCUAUCAUCAAGCGGAUGGCAAUGCUACCACAACAAGUAAUAACAGUAAGGAGAAGUCAGACUGGGAUAGUAGCAGCAAUGCCAACUAUCAACAACAACAGCAACAGGGAGCAAAGGAUAAACACGACAAAAAGACGCACAAUGGCAACGCUCUUCAGUUUGAUGCGGAGGAAACGGCGACGGUUGUGGAGUCAACGCCUCAGGUGGAGAAGGUGUCAAAGGGUCGUCGCAAUCGCGGUAAGAAGGACAAUGCAGCCAAAGACAAUCAAAGUCAGCAGCAAGCGCAACAGCAUAAUAAAGAUAACAAUGCUGCCAGCAGCAACAACAAUAAUAAUAACAACAACAACAGCAACAAUGAUGCCAGCUCCGUAUCCUCAUCAGCCAGCUCAACAUCGAGCAAUGCAACUGCUGCCGCAAUCUCGCACAUAGCUAGCAAAGUGGUAUCAAAGAUAUGUGAGACAUGUCUUAAGCUCGAGGCGGAUGUUAAGAAAUAUCGUGCCGAAAUUAGCCAUAUGAAACAAAUCGAGAAUGAGCUGCGACAAAAGCUGGACGUGAAUCUGACCAGUAAAUCCAGUCUGCAGGCCAAACAGAAGGAAUGUGAUGAGCUUGAGAAGCGUUUGCAGGAGUUGAACAAUGCUCGGCAUGCUGAUAUGCUGCAACUGCAGCAUGUGGAACGACGUCUCAGCGAGGAGCGUCGUCAGCGGCAAUCCUUUGAAGCCCAAUUUGCCAACGAAAAGAAGGCUCGCAAGGUGGCCGAAGAGAAGGCAGCACGUCCCGAGUGCAGCGCACAAUGCAAACAGCGACGCCAGCAAAUCGACGAGGAGCUGAAGCGUGUACGCAACGAUCUUAAACAGACCGAGGAUGCUAAGCAGCUCGCCGUGGAUCAUGGUCGCAAAUUUGAGCAGGAGUACCGUAUGCUGGAAGUUAAGGUGCGCAAUCAUGAGUCGACGCAGGCUGACGCCGAUAUGCUAAUGAAUGCACUGGCCACACUGCAGGAGAAGAAUGCAACGCUGGAGAAGAAUCUAUCGGCAGAGACGAGAGUUAAGCUGGACUUGUUCUCGGCUCUGGGUGUGGCCAAGCGAAAGCUCGAAAUAUCUGACAGUCAUCGUCGUUCCAAGGAGGAUGAGGUCAUUGAUCUCAAGGCUAAGAUAGCACAGCUGCUGGCUGUUAUGCCGGAUACGUUGUGCUUGAAUACCGGACCACAUGGUCCUGGCGGCAGCAUGCUGCGCAUGAACGACACACCUCCGCUUCAAUCGGGCGGACCAGGCCCGUCCUCGCCCAUGCUCAGCUUGAGCGCUGCCCAAGAGUAUCAGCAGCAUCAGCAACAUCAACAGCAACAGCAUCAGCAGCACCAACAUCAGCAGCACCAGCAGCAUCAACAUCAGCAGCAGCAGCAACAACAGCAACAGGUUGUGCCUGUUUCCCAGCAGCAACAGCAGCAAAUGGUGCCCGUAAGUGUGGCAGCUGCUUUGCAUGUGGCUGCCUCUAAUGUGGUGAAUGGUGGCAAUGGCCUCUCUACGUUGGAUCCCAAUGCCAGCGUCUAUACGCCGAAAGCAGGCAACAUGAUGGUGGUAACGCCGGUGGGCAUGAAUCCCAAUGGAGCGGAUGCCUGACGCCACCAGCAGCAGCAGCAGCAUCAACAGCAGCAGCAGCAGCAUCAACAGCAGCAGCAACAGCUUCAACAGCAGUCGUCAACGGUCCCCACUGGGGCCGCCUCAUCCUCGCAUCAGCUAUUGAGACGACAAGUUUGAGAUUAUACUUUAUAGUAAGCAACAGCAACCGCAACCACAACUGAUUGAUUUAGACUACAAUAGUCAAGAGACUGCGAAUGGAGCAGUUUGCAUAUGAUAUGAUGAAUGUCCGUACUAAGCAUAAGCAGUUUUCUUUCCGACCUACCACAAUUAUCCAGUAUCACAUAGUACACAAUUUCCAACUACCAAUUAUUAAUAUUACCAAUUCCCAUUUCCACACAUUCAAAAUUGUCCAUCACACAAUUGGAUAGCGAUAAAGAUACCACUAUUGUAGAAUUCUGGACAGAUGGUUUCCAUAUAUUUGCUCAUAUUGUUUUCUUAUAUGCCAUUAACUGGAGUCAUGUCAUUCCAACUUCUAAAAAUGUAAUCGACUUGAUAAAAAGUGAGAGGAGAAA